CAGGUGAUAUCACAUCUAGACUCUCCACAGACACUACUCUGAUGGGUCGGGCUGUAGCCCUGAAUGUCAAUGUCCUUCUGCGGACUCUGAUUAAGACGCUGGGCAUGUUGUAUCUGAUGCUGAGCCUCUCGUGGAAGCUUACACUGCUGAUGCUGAUGGAGACGCCACUGACAGGCUUACUGCAGAACAUAUAUGACACACAUUAUCAGAGACUCUCAAAAGAAGUUCAGGAUUCCAUUGCACAAGCCAGUGAAACUGCUGGGGAGGCGGUGUCAGGAGUCAGGACGGUAAAGAGUUUCAGGACAGAACUUGGUGAAGCCCAUCGCUAUGAUGUCCACUUGAUGAAAACCCAUAAUCUUAAAACCCGACGGGACACAGUCAGGGCUAUUUACCUGCUAGUUAGGCGGAUGACAGAAGUGGGAAUGAAGGUGGCUGUGCUUUACUAUGGGAGACUCUUCAUCCAGUAUGGACAGAUGAGCACAGGAAAUCUUGUCUCUUUCAUCCUCUAUCAGUCGGACCUUGCUAGAAACAUCAGGACUUUGAUCUAUAUCUUCGGAGACAUGCUGAACGAAAGUUGA